AUUUCGUCAUACUCCUACAGUAUUACCAAUCCUCCUGAUAAACCCAAAAAGAAAGAAACAAACGUUUUUCUUCCAUCAUCUUCAUUCAUCAACCACAUAAAAUCUACUGAGCGUUCGCUUAGUGAUCAAAACGCAGCAAGGGACGGUGGGCUCAACGAUUUGUACGUGUGGCAGUCAGAGAAUCGCAAGGGGGCAGAAGUCUUUGAGCUUUUAGAUGGACCUCCGUAUGCAAACGGAGAGGCUCACACCGGGCAUGCUAUCAACAAGAUUUUGAAAGACUUCGUUGUGAAAAGCAGGAUUGGGUUGGGAUACAGAGUUCGCUUCCGUCCUGGCUGGGACUGUCAUGGCCUACCUAUUGAACUCAAAAUAGGAAAACAACAAGGAACCACUAAGCAGCGGUCACCACUGGAGAUUCGGAACGCUGCCAGAGUUAUUGCCGAUGAAGCCAUCGGAAAACAAAUGAAUGCGUUUCGCCGUUGGGGUGUGACUGCAGACUGGAAACAUCCUUACGUGACGAAAAGUCCUGAAUUUGUGGCUGCUCAGUUAGACGUGUUUGCCCGACUUGUUGAACAAAAACUAGUAUAUAGAUCAUUCAAACCGGUUUAUUGGUCACCAAGUUCGAAUACGGCUCUUGCCGAAUCAGAGUUAGAAUACAAUGAGAAACAUCAAAGUACAAGUGUAUAUUUUCGCUUCAAGAUGAUAAAUUUCUCUUCGUCUGAUGUUACCUGGACUUCUGAUUCCUCUUCAAAACUUUCUCAAUUCUAUGCUCUAGUUUGGACAACUACACCAUGGACACUUCCUCUGAACAACGCUAUUUGCAUCUCCCCCACUGUUAAAUACGCAAUCAUCCAAUUUGAAAACGAUGUCAACAAUCCGACGUCAUCCUAUUACAUCAUUGCAUCUAAUCUCGUGAAAGAGUUCGAAACAUCUACUGAGAAAAAGUGUAGAGUUGUGGGAACGGUUGAUUCUGAAAAUUUGAUUGGUAAACGCUACCGUAGUUGUUGGCACAACGAAUUGGCUCUUCCAAUUUACGAAGCUACUCAUGUCUCCGAUACCGCAGGAACAGGCUUGGUACACACUGCGUUUGCUCAUGGACUGCAGGAUUACGAUGUUGCUCUAACGAAAAAAGAACGCGUCCAAAGUUUCGUAGAUUCUCGUGGUUGCUAUACUAGACAUUUUGGACAUAGCCUCGACGGAAAAUCGGUUUUAGGAGAUGGUCAAAAUGAAGCACUUCGAUUACUCAAUCAUGACAUUGUUCAUACUUCGCAAUACGUUCAUUCUUAUCCGUAUGACUGGAGAACUAAAAAACCGGUCAUUAUUCGAAGCAGUGAACAAUGGUUUAUUGACGUGGAUGAAAUUGGACAGCGGGCUGCUGCUAUGUUGGACGAUAUCUUGGUUACUGCUGGAGACUCUGAUCUUCGGGGAUCUCUCAAGCAACUAGUGAAAACUCGCAAAAGUUGGUGCAUUUCACGACAGAGAGCCUGGGGAACUCCAAUUCCCGGCUUGGUUGACGAGAAAGGCAAUUCGUAUACGUCUCGAAAGCUUAUUGAAUGGAUUGCUCAAUUGAUUAGAGAACGAGGGAGUACGGAUGUCUGGUGGGAGAUCGAUACACAAUAUAUUCUUGACAAUGAAGAUGUGAGAGAAUCAUUGAACAUUCCAACAGACGUUCUUUCUAAAUUAACAAAGAAUAUGGAUAUUAUGGAUGUCUGGCUCGAUUCUGGAUUAGCUUGGUAUGCAGCCAAAUUGGAUGACGACGAGAGAAAUCACAUCGCUGACAUAGUUCUAGAAGGCGUGGACCAAUUCCGAGGAUGGUUUCAAUCACUUCUUCUCACUUCGAUCGCUGCACAAAACAAGCUUCCUUACAAACGAAUUAUGGUUCAUGGUUUUUGUAUUGAUGAGAAAAACAACAAAAUGUCGAAAUCUAUCGGAAACGUUGUUGAUCCAACCAUGCUCACCGACGGAUCCUUGAAACAAAAAGCGAUCGGCGCCGAUGGACUCCGUUUUUGGGUCGCUCAGUCAGGAUCAGAAAACGCUGGAGAAUCGAAAAUCGGACCAAUAAUAAUUGAAGACGUCGACAAGAAAAUCAUUGCGCUGCGAAACGGAUUUCGUUUCAUGAUCGGUGGUUGUCAAGGAUUCCAUGGAAAUCAAAUAGAGUCUUCGUUGAAGUCUCUAGAUCUUGAUAUGCUUCAAAAUUGCGACAAUUUUGUGAAAACAUCAAUUGGGAACUAUGAAGAAUUCAAAUUCAGAACUGUUGCGAAUGACCUAACACAAUUCAUGCAAAGAAACUUCAGUGCAAACUAUGUGAAGUACGUACGGGAUAGACUAUAUUGUGACAGAAUAGGAAGUGAAUCACAUCUAUCAGCUCAGUUUACUCUCCAUCGCUUGGCACACAACUUGGCUCAUACGAUUUCACCGCUCCUGCCACAUCUGUCCGCAGAAGUUCUUCACCACCUGCCUGGAUUUCACGAGAAACUGAUUCUCCGUCAAAAGCUUAGUGAUCUUCAUUCGGGAAUUUUGAAUGACGACCCAAAUUGUCCCAAGUUAAUGGGGUUGAUUUCGGAAAUUCGUUCGAAAUUGGAAGCAUCCGCGGGACCAAAAGUUGACACUUCAAAAAAGGGCAUUGUGAUUCGAGUCUCUGCAGAACAGGACAAUUUUCUGAAAAACUACAUUCCCGAACUUCCUGAACUGCUCAAUGUUUCUGAAGUUCAAUUAGAAGUUGAUAAAGAAUCUUUGUCUGUGCAGCUUGUGGAUAGUUCACUUCGAUAUUGUGAAAGAUGUCGGAAGUACAAUCGCCACCCAGAUGACAAAAUGUGUGGUAGAUGUUCUGCUGCAAUGUCGAUUUAG